UGCCACUUCUGAAUACUGCGUUGCAUGUUUGCAGCUGUUACAAGUCAGAUUUACACUUAUCACACUUGGAAGCGUGUUUUCAUCAUGUCAUCCGCGUCAACCUUCCUGCAGAAGCUGUUAACAAUGAUUGAGGACCCUAAAAGUGAUCAACACAUAGCUUGGACAGCAGACGGCACAUCAUUCAUUGUGUUCGACUCUAUCAUAUUCUCCAAGGAGAUACUCCCUCAGUACUUCAGACAUAACAAGUUUGCCAGCUUUGUUCGUCAGUUGAAUAUGUAUGAUUUCCACAAGAUACCCAUCGACUGUACUACAGGAAUACAAUACAGUGAGAAUGCAGUGCAGUUUACCAACCCCUACUUCUUGCGUGGACAACCCCAUCUCCUUCAAAACAUGAAGAGGAAAGCGGGAACACGAGUUGAUAAGUCAGACACCUCUGAAUCGGAGAAGGAGUAUAUUGACGCAGCGUUAGCGAAUCUAGCCCACUCAGAGCAUCAGUUGACGGGAAAGCUGAAUAGCGUGGAGUCAGACAAUAGGUAUCUACGUGAGGAGUUCUCUAAACUAUGCCAGAAGAAUACACAGCAAGAGCAAACCGUCAGUCGGAUCAUGCACUUCCUCACCUCUAUAUAUGGGACAGCCGGAGAAGGUGCGGCUACUCUGAGCACAGCACAUAGUGUCCCAAAUAUACAGUACCCAGCACAUUCGUCGGCCAAUUCGUCACUGUUUUUUACACAGACCUUCCCUACAUUGGACACAAGGAUAGAUGGAGAUAUCUUCUCACCAAACUCGCAAGGGGGUCAUCCUCAGAACUGGGCGUGACAAUGCCCAUUAAUGUCCCAAGAUCUAUUGCAUAAUUGCUCUGCCUUUCUAAUAUAGUUGCCUCAAGUCUGUGGAGGCAAGCCACUUAGCGCGAGUACCUUUCAUCUAGCUGCAGUUAGGUAGUUCUUAGGAAUGCUAUGGACUCGACGCUUGAAAUAUAGUGUCUCCUAGUCCACUAUCCUGGACGUCUACACUUUUGCGUUGGAUUCGGAUCAGUUGACCCAGAAUAGGGAACAAACACAAGAAUGUUGGCCCAGAUUCAUUUCUACUGUGCUCAGGUGGUCACCAGAGCUACAUAGGUAGACCGAUGAGAAGCCCUCGACAUAAAUGCUGUUGGUAGAUAUCAAGACGCCUCCUUCACUACACGAACAGAGUGCACUCUUUUACGAGAGAGUAGUUGAUCGACUCUACAAGUAAAAUCCCUUUGGCUAUGAACAGCCACAGAGCAGUGACACGCGGGUGGGUGGGGGCUGGCUGCUUUCUUAUCGUCUCGACGCAGAGAGAAUACCACAUCCAUAUAUCCUAAAUAAGUGUCACUGGUUGCGUACGGCGAAAGCGAGACACAAUGAAGUGACCAGAGUGAACCGACAUUGAUAAUGCCUAAAUACCGCCCGUUGCGGUCACCGACUGAAUUGUCCGAAACAAAAUUAAAGAAUGUUACACAGCUUGCGUGGCUCAAUUAGAGUU